CCCUUAAUCACAAUGUUAAUGACCGUAAAGGCAGCCAGUUUAAAAGGAGAUCUUGACCGGCAUAUCAGAUAGUUAUUCUGGUGACUUCGUAGCAUGCACAUGAAAGAACAGCCUUUUAAUGUUUCAGAUAGAAGCUUCAGAUAUAAGGGGAUAUUUCUUUUUAUAUGCAGCACCAUAGUGAUUUUUUAAAAAUAUAUUUCUAUUGAUGUAUUAUAGGAAAUGUGUUAAACGCAACACCAGUCAUUCAACUAAUUGUACUUUCAUUUAUAAAAGAAAAUAAUGCAAAACAAACAUGCUGACAAUCUCAUUACUAAAGACUUUUUUUCUUUAAACGGAGAGUUAAUAAACGGCCAGGUUAGGUAUUCUUUUUAAUGGCGGCCUAAUGGUGUAGAAAAGAAUAAAACUUCCAGUAAUUAACCAACCGUAAACAGGAGGACGCUUUUUUAAUCCUGAGCAGUCAAGAGAGUUUGAAAAUGUCACCACCGAUGUCUGGGAAUGGCAGUGUACAAUCUGGGAUUCCGCCCUUCUCCAUCUCUUUCUCAGGCUCUGGGUUCCUGGCGGUUUACCAGCUUGGUGCUGCCCAGUGUCUGUUUGACCUGGCCCCUGGGGUUAUACACGCAGCGCCCAAGGUGUUCGGCGCGUCCGCGGGGUCGCUAGCUGCAGCAGCCGUUGUCUGCGGAGCAAAUAUGGAGUGCAUGCGUGAUGAAAUGCUUGCUACAGCCCGGGCGAGCAGGAAGCACCUGCUGGGUCCCCUGCACCCUUCCUUCAAUGUCUUCAAGCUGCUGGAGUGCUGCCUGCACCGGAGUCUGCCAGACAAUGCCCACGAACUGGCCACUGGGCGCCUCUACAUCUCCAUGACCCGCCUGAUGGAUGGAGAGAACAUCCUGAUGUCAGACUUCAUGUCAAAAGAAGAGCUUGUUCAGGCACUGUUAUGCAGCUGCUUUGUUCCUUUCUACUGUGGGCUGAAGCCCCCGAGUUUCCGCGGAGAGCAUUACAUUGAUGGAGGCUUCACUAACAUCCAACCCAUCCAGGACUCCAGCCUCACCCUAACAGUGUCUCCUUUUGCUGGUGAGGUGGACAUCUGCCCCUGCGACCAGCCCCCCAGCUUCUACCAUGUGCACGUGAACAGUUUUAACUUCCAGUUCACACUGCAAAACUUUUUCCGAAUGAUGGAUGCGCUCUUCCCCCCUACCAGCGUGGCACUAAAAAGGGCAUAUUACCAUGGAUACCAGGAUGCUGAAUUCUUUCUGCAAGCAAAUGAUCUGAUGGGAAAUCGGCUGCCUCAGGCGAGUGGCUCCCUGUCUCUGGACGGCCUGUGCUCUGGUAGUGUGAGGGAUCACCUGGGAGGUCUGGAGGAGACAGAGCAGGAAGAAGCGGGUACGCCACCAUGCCUGGAAGGAAGCUCUGAUACACAAGAAUACCGGGAUGCCCUGGAGGACUGGAGCUGGAAUCUGAGCUCAAUGGAACAAGCGGUGUACUGCAGCCUGCCUGCAUGGCUGCAAGGAGCGUUGUUGUGCAACCUGAGGGGCUUUCAGAACAGCUCUGUCUCUGCGCGCUUGAUCUCCUAUCUACUUCUUCCCUACACACUUCCUGCUGUCAUGUUCUUCUUCUUUAGUCACAGAUUGCUAAUCAAGUUAAAAGAUCUUCCAGAGGAAGCAUUUUGGCUGUGGGAGGAUAUGAAGCAGAUAGCGUAUUUCCUCAAAAAUAUUUUAGUCCGAAGCCUUCAGAAGAACUUGGCAGACAGAUUUACAGCUGGAUCUGACUUUUCUUCUGGGGUGGAUCUCCUGACAAAGCCAGAAAGAAAACGCAUUCCCCCUGACCUCCAUCAGCAAUCAGCACUGCAUCUUCGGCUCUCCACUUCCAGUAGCUCCUUCAUGGACAACACUGAUGAGCAGUCUGAUGUAUACCACGAUUCACUUGAGUUUACCUUCCUGCUCAAUCUGCAGUUAGCAUUGGAGGGGCAGCCCAGCCAGGGAGCUCUAAAGGAAAGCAAAGACAACCUACCCUUGGAGUUUGAAGCCAGUCUAGAAGAAGUGCCAAGUUCCUCAAGCAUCUGCUGUGAGAAAGACCAAGUGAAUCCAUCCCAAGAGCCUGGGGUUGAGGUUAAUGGAUUGCUGCCCCCUCUACACUUGACCUGCUCAUCUUAAAACUUUGGGAGCCCUGGGAUGCCAGGGGCACCAGCUUCUCGAGCUCCAGGAAGACCACAGAAAAUAUUCAGUCUACAUCUGCCCUACACGAACAUAAUUAAGAAAACGAACAUAAUUAAAACACUGUUCCCAAUUCUCAGUAAAAUCAGAUAAGUGAGAAUUAGGGUACGCUCAUCAGGUAAGUCUUGUGCACAGCACAGGCCACAUGACCCUUGGGGACAGAGCAGAGUCACGUGGCCCCUGGGAGGAUGUUGCAGAGGUCAAACAACUUCUUUUACAUGUCUCAGCAGAGGUCAUGGGAGCUUUGGGGAUGUUGUCGAGGUCUCACAACCUCAGAGAAGCAUCGCAGCAGAGGUCAUGCAAAAUCAAAUCUUUCCAACUAUAUCUGAAUCUCAUAAAGCGUCAUUCACUGAAAUAAAUAUUUCCUGGAAUGUC